CAAAGCCAAGUAGAAAGUAGAUAACUCGGUCAACAAUUUGGAACGCAAGGCGUGCCUACAUACCCUAAAUGGCGGAGGCUGCUGAAGCAACAGCCUUUAUAGGACCUGCAGAUACCGAGCUUGAAGUUCCUCUGAGCGAAGUCCAACCGCAACGCAUAGCUAUAAAUCCUAAAUUGCUUGAAGCAGCAAGGUUAGGAGAUAAAAGUAUUCUAGAUAAGUUGCUACGACCCAAAGAUGUUUCUUCUAAAGCUUCAGAGAGGGAAUUCACAAUAACAGUAUCGGAGGAUGCUGCAACACAAAGAGAUACCAACUGUCUCUUUGGAGUAACAUUAGAGGGGAACACAGCCCUCCAUAUAGUUGCUACCCGAGGACAUUUGGAGCUUGCCAAAGAGAUCUGUCAUAUAGAGAGAUCUCUUUUGUUAGCACAAAAUGUAAGGCUUGAUACCCCGCUACACUGUGCUGCAAGGGUUGGGGAUGACAAGAUGGUCUCCCUCAUCAUCCAGUUCGCAAGGGAGGAUGAGAACGAAGCGAGAAGAGUGUUGACAGCGAAGAAUAGGGACGACGCCAAUGCUUUGCAUGAGGCUGCCAAAUAUGAUCAUGCGUGUGUGGCCAAAGUACUGAUAGAGGAACAUGCUGAACUGAUAUCCAUGUGGAACAAUGCUGGUAUGUCUCCACUCUAUCUAGCCAUCAGGACAGGAUCACUCAAUGUUGCCAAAACAUUGCUGCAGUCUUUUUCUUGGGAAAAGACUUCUCUUGCAUCUUACGCAGGCUUUAACAAGCAUACGGCACUACAUGCAGCAACUAAGAUAAAUCGAGAAAUUACAGAAGCCAUAUUGCAGUGGAAGCCAACGCUCAACAAAUGUGCUGAUUGCUUCGGGAGAAUUCCGCUUCAUUAUGUAGCUUCAAAUGGUCAUCGUGAUAUGGCGAAGCUGUUAUUAGAGUACGAUCGCUCUAUAGCCUAUCUAUCAGAUGCUGAUGGCUUCUUUCCCAUACACAUUGCAGCUAUCAAGGGCAAUAUUGACGUGGUUGAUCAGAUUUUAGAAUACUGCCCUGAUACAGAUGAAUUAUUAGACUACGAGGGAAAGAAUUUUCUUCAUGUGGCUUUUGCAUGCAGAAGAUUAGAUUUGGUCAAGAAAAUUAUCUCCAAGAGACCGGAUCUUAGAAAGCUGUUAAAUGAUCAAGAUAAUAUGGGAAAUACGCCGUUACACACAGCCGUUAAAAAUAGUGAUCAAGGAAGCGUGUAUUUUCUUCUGCGGGACAAAAGCGUAUCCCCCAACAUCAUCAACCAUGAUGGAUUCACCCCUCUCGACUUGGCUUACGUCAAGUUGGAUAGAGGCUUGUUUGACCCAAGCGAUGCAACAAGUAGCAUUGCUGGCUGCUUGGCUUUUUCAAAGGCUCUGUUCGGUCCACCAAAAAAGGCUGAGUCAUCCAGCGAUGGGGACAAAAAGGAAGCAUCCGGCAAUGAUAGUUCCAGAGAAAAAUCAUCCAGCAUUGAGGACAAAGAUCUCAAGAAACAGCUCAAUAUAUCUCAAAACUUUGGGAUUGCUUCAGCGUUGAUUGCUACAGUCACAUUUGCUGCCGCUUUCACCGUUCCUGGAGGGUUCAUAGCUGAUGAUCAUCCAGACCAUGGCACAGCAGUUCUGGCAAAAGAGUAUGCAUUCAAGGUUUUCCUAGUCUCAGAUGCCUUCGCGUUCAUCUGCUCCAUCUUAGCCACGUUGUGGUUCGUGAUUGGAGGAAAACUGACAUCUGAUAGAUCUACUCGCGUGCGAGCCAUUAUUUCCGCUGAGAGGUGUGUCUACCUUGCAUUUAGUGGCAUGUCCGCUGCCUUCGCGAUGGGUAUGUAUGCAAUGUUGCCUCCCAGUUGCAAGAGUAUCAGCAUUGUUCUAUGCAUCGCUGCUCUCGGAACCCCUCUUUUAGCUGCUGUAGUGCCAUCUGUUAACCUCUACAGUUUGCUGAAAACAAUAGGAAUCAGGCAAGGGUAUAGACAAUGGAUUUGGCCAACCACCAUAUACCCGCAUGUUGGAAAAACUCUUUCUGAUCGUUCUCGUUUGAACCGUGGAGCUGUCAUUGUUUCACUGCUUCGAGCAUUGGUCACUUAUGCAAUCCUUUUCCUAUUACCGAUGCUCUUGCACCUGGUGAGCAAAAAUUAAAAUAUUGGAAGGACCACUGGUCAGCAUGCAUGGCUAAUAGAUGUUCAAAGAGUUGCUUGUAUGUUGCAUUAAGAACAAUAUCUUAAUUAUUUUCUUCACAUGUAAAAUUUUCUAUCUUUACAUAAGAAAGGCUUUCAUGGAGGUGGCAAUGAA